CGGUAUAGUACAUAAUACAAAUGCUAACAGGACAUGCGCAUUACAAUAUGAUAUCUUACGGUUGUCGACAAAAAUUGAUUUUAAAAUGCAUGAUUCAUUUUGUUUUGAAAAGCAUAAGUCAACACCCGAUAAGUUACCGAGCGAACGUGCUAGCCGAAUACUUGCACUUGGACAAGACUACCUGCUCGCGGGAGAACACGUUCCGGACAAUAUUGGACCGUUUCAGCAAACUAGACGAUGUACGAAAGGCCAUAGAAGCCACUGGGGUGCGAGAAUGCGGCAUAAUAUUUGGCAUUGAUUACAGCAAAAGCAACGAGACACAGGGUGCGAAGACCUUCCAGGGCCAAUGUCUGCAUGCGGUCAAGGGAAAACACAAUCCUUACAAAGAGGUGAUAUGUAUCCUCGGUGAAUGCAUUGAAGAGUUGGACGAUGACGGGGUUAUACCUGUGUAUGGGUUCGGGGCAAGUGGGUGCGAUCUGUUCCCUCUUGAUAAAGAGAAAGAGUGCAAAGGUUUUACGGAGGUGUUGGAUGCCUACGAGAGGGUAACAUCAGACGUAGCUUUAGGAGGAGCCACUAGCAUGGCGCCACUGAUCGAUAAAGCGGUGGAUAUUGUUAAAAAUACAAGCAAGUAUCACAUUCUUGUAAUUUGCUCCACCGGCCAACUCACGUGCGAAAAGGAAACAGUGGUCGCCAUCGUUGCAGCGUCAUCAUACCCACUGUCAAUCAUCGUAAUGGGCGUAGGUGACGGGCCUUGGGAGCGCAUGCGCCAUUUUGACGACCAACUUCCGCAACGGAAGUUUGACAAUUUUCAGUUUGUUGAUUUUCAUCGCAUUAAGGAUACGUCUAGAAACCCCCAAGCGGCAGUGGCAUUGGCAGCAUUAAUGGAAAUACCUGACCAGUAUCAGUAUAUUCGGGACUUGAAGUUGUUGGAGAAUAUGUCGUAGGAAACUGAACACCGAAACUGACACUCCUUCGAUGACAUCGUUAACGCUUGGCUCUGCGUGCGAUGAAUGUUUUAUAUAACUGAGGAAAAGACAUACGGUUAUGGUCACAUGGAAUGAAGAAUUAAAACAGAUCAUCGCUUAAUUCCGGAAUUAAACUCUAUUAUCAUACUUCGUCAAUCGAACUACGCAUACAAUUACUGUCUGUUCACGCAAUAUUUCAAUUCACGUCUGUUUGUCAUGUAGUCGAUUUAUGUUUAUGUUUUGUAUCUUUGAUAAAUAAAGAUCUAUGCAUACUUUUA